AUGAAGUAUAAUUACAAACCAUCUUUGGCAGAAUUGCGUUCCAGUAUGAAAUACCGGUCGAAGGAGUACCUUUUGGAGAACACCUUGCAUGGUUUUCGAUAUUUUGCGGACCCAACUCGACCUAAAUGGGAAAGAAUAAUAUGGUUUCUUUUAACAUUGGCAUCUAUCAUAUCUGUUUUCGUUAUAAUCGUGAUCAUUUGGGACAAAUUUAAAACAGAGCCAACUAUAACAGGAUUUGAUACCCUAACAGAACAUAUUACUAUAGACUUUCCUAAAGUUUUCAUCUGCUUCGGUUGGAAUCAAUUGAGCCAUUUAAAUUUACCAAAGAACGAAAUAUACAUAUACGAACAAUUAUACAACUGGACCUGGGAGGAAACAGUUGAUUUUGGAUCACUAGUAACUACUUAUGGUAAUAAAAAUAAUUUUCGUAGUAUUUUUGAAAAAAUGGUACCCAGUUGCAAUGAUAUGAUUAAAAAUUGUGCUUACAAAAAUGCAAAAAUACCGUGUAACGAGUUAUUUACACCAGUGCUAGUUACCGUGGGUGCAUGCUGUGUACUGAACACUGUGGAACCCCUUAGAAUUACAGAUUCUUCAUUGAGCCUUGAAUUUGAAGUUCUAAGCAAUCCUUUCAGGCUUUAUUUCACCGAACCCAACUUUUCAAGUCCACUGCCAGGCGAAAGACCAAUAAUGACAGCUUAUUUUCCUCUGGAACUUGAAUUUAUCGCUGACAUAACAUAUACGACCCCUGACAUUCGUUACUUACUUCUUCAUCAGCGAGAAUGUCUGUACAAGCAGGAAGGUGCAAGUUUGGAUGAAUGCGAGAUCAAUUGUAUAAUCGACAUGAUAUUUAAACAAUGCAAUUGUUUACCAUGGUUCUUACCAUCCGUCAAUAAGGCAGAAUGUUCUUUAUCAAAGUAUUCCUGUUUAAACGCCUGUGAUGUUGACUUGACUCGCUGUAAUUGUUGGCUUUCAUGCGACCAUACAUCGUACACCGUCCGAACUGUAACAAAAUCAGCCAGUAAUAUGAGCAAAAUUAUGUUAAGAAAUUGGGUAACAACUCUUUACAUAAGGCAAAUGCGAUUUGGUUUCUUGGAUUUACUUGUAUCGUUUGGUGGUAUUGCAAGUCUCUUUUUAGGAUAUUCCUUGCUAACAACCGUUGAACUGGGAUAUUAUUUUAGUCUCAGAACUUAUUGUGGAGCUGUUAUUAAAUCAUCUCGAAAGCAGUAUAAUAUAAUAAAAGUUCAUGUAGUGGAGAAAGUACCUCCAAAAGUAGAUGUUAAUCCAAGAUACUAUCAAUACAUCGAAUAG